GCCCUGCUGCCCAUAAAACCCGCCUGGGGCCCGGGAAGGAGCCCAGGACUAGGGCACCGCGCUGCUGACCCAGCCCAGGCUCCGGCUUCUCCUGCUGCUGCUGCUGCUGCGAUGAUGCCCCUCCGGCCGGGCGCCCUCCUGAGCCUCUUGCUGCUGCUGCUGCUGCCCUGGGCAGGGCACUGCCAGGCCUCCUCCGUGCCCCGCGCCCCCAGAGCCCUGCUGCCCAUCCAGCCCGACUCCGCAGACCCGCUCCUGCUCCUCCUCGGCCCCAAAGGGGCACCAGGCUGCUCUUUUGGAGGCAGAUUCUACACUUUGGAAGAUACUUGGCAUCCUGAUUUAGGGGAGCCUUUUGGCAUCAUGCAUUGUGUGGUGUGCUCCUGUGAACCGCAGAAGCAUCGUCGUGGGAAGACGAUGGGCAAAGUUAGCUGUAAGAAUAUCAAGCGUGACUGUCCCACCCUGCCUUGCAGUGAUGCCAUUCUGUUGCCAGGACACUGUUGCAAAACCUGCCCCAAGGCCAGCUUUCUAGAGAAGAGGCCUCAGCUGAUGCUUUACAACACUGGAUAUUUCCGGGAAAGAGAAGAUGGCUUACAUAGGAACUACAAUGACCGCACCUAUCGCAGCUCUGAGGACUUCAUCCGAGAUGACAGCCACAUAGAAUUUGUUGCCUUGCUCACCAGUGGCUCGGAGUCAUGGAUGCCUGCAACCAGUGCAGUAGCAAAAGCCAGGUUCAGCCUCUUACGCUCUCACCUGCUCUUCUCCAUCAUCUAUGAGAGGCUGAGCCAGCCAAGCCGAGUCCGUUUCACAUCUCCCAAUGGAACUGUUCUUUUUGAGCAUCCUGUGCAGAAAGGCAUCUCUUCUCAGGAUGGCAUGAUCUGUGGCAUGUGGCGGAACCUGCAAAAGCCCUCCAUCCGGCUGUUGAAAGUGGACCAACUACAUGUAUCUCUGGUCACCAAAUCUCAUCCUAUGGGUGAGAUCCGAGGCAAAAUUAUCAGACACCGAGCCCUCUUUGCAGAAACAUUCAGCGCUAUCCUGACAUCUAUGGAUCCAACCCUUCUUGGCAUGGGAGGCAUCACUAUGCUAACUUUGAGUGAUACAGAGAACAAUCUACAUUUUGUCCUAGUGACCAGGGGGCUUCUGGAAUCUGGAACAGACAAAAAAUCCCCUUUGCUUCCCCUGAGAGUCCAGAUUCUGCACCAGGACACAGUCCUGAGAGAUAUCAAGGCCAAUGUCACUGCUCAGGACCCUGACUUUGCAGAAGUGCUGACAGGACUUUCAAGCCAAGAGAUGCUGUGGCUGGUACAAGGGCAACUGAGAAUAAAGGCAGAGGUGGAAGGCAGAUUUGGGCGCCAGAUUGCAGGAUUCAUUACUACUAAGAGAAGCUGUGACACCAUACAGAGUGUGCUAUGUGGAGGAGAUGCCCUGAUUCCCACCCGGACAGGAGCUGUGGGUUCUGCCAAGUUCAAUCUGCAUGCAAAUGGGACUUUGGAGUAUCAGGUCCAGGUGGCAGGAACAGGAACUGAAGUGAUCGGGGUCACAUUGGAAACCAAACCUCGCAGACGAAAUAAGCGUAAUAUCUUGUAUGACAUGACGCACAGCUAUAGAGAUGGAGUGGCCAGUGGAACUUGGGGGCAAGUGACUGGGCGUGAUGCUCACAUGCUGCUGCAGAACGAGCUCUUCCUAAAUGUGGCCACCAAAGAAUUUGAAGAUGGAGAGCUGCGUGGCCAGAUCACCUCUCUGCUGUACAGUGGACUCCUGGCACGAAACCAAGAACUUCCCAUCCCCUUAGCUGGCCAGUUUGUGUCCCCUCCUGUACGUGCUGGAUCUGCUGGGCAUGCCUGGGUGUCUUUGGAUGAUCACUGCCACCUGCAUUAUGAGAUCGUGGUAGCUGGCCUUGGCAGAGCGGAUGAUGGCACCGUCAGCGCUCACCUGCAUGGUUUUGCUGAACUGGGCGAACUCCGGGAGAGCAGCCUCCAGGAGCACAGACGUCUGCUUAGGGGUUUCUAUGGCACUGAGGCCCAAGGGGUUGUGAAAGACCUAGACAGAGAACUACUCCGCCACCUGGCCCAAGGCACAGCCUUCCUGCAAGUCAGCACCAAAGCAAACCCUCGAGGAGAGAUGCGGGGAAAGGUGCACAUUCCUAACCACUGUGAAGUAGGAGGUAUGCGGCUGUCCCCUGAAGGCCCAGAAGAAGAGAUCCUGGAAGAUCUGAACACAAAGGAUCCUGAAGAGCUGAAGAAAGACCCCAAUUCUUGCUUUUUUGAGGGACAACACAGACCACAUGGCUCCCGCUGGGCUCCAAACUAUGACAAGAAAUGUUCCAUAUGUAGCUGCCAGAAGCGCACAGUAAUUUGUGAUCCAGUCUUGUGCCAGCCCCUCAACUGCACCCAACAGGUGCACCCAAAGGAUCAGUGUUGUCCUAUGUGUGAUGAAGAGAAGAAGGAAGAAAGACAGAGAGCUGAGAAAGCCCGAUACAACAGUGAUGGUUGUUACUUUGAAGGUGACAAGACAUGGCGAGAAGCUGGAACUCAUUGGCACCCUGUCGUCCCACCCUUCGGUCUCAUUAAAUGCGCCAUUUGUACCUGCAAGGGAGCCUCGGGGGAAGUACACUGUGAGAAGGUGCAGUGUCCUGUCCUGACCUGCAGGAAUCCCAUCCGUGCCAACCCAUCGGACUGCUGCAAGCAAUGCCCAGCUUCAGAGAAUAGUCCCUUGGCACUUUCGGACAUGAUGCAGGCGGACAGUCCCAGAGCCUGCAAGUUUGGGCGGCAGUGGUACCUGCACAAUGAGAGCUGGCACCCCACAGUGCCUCCCUUUGGGGAGAUGAAAUGCAUCACCUGCUCGUGUCUGUCCGGUGAGACGCACUGUCAGCGUCAGGAAUGCUCUCGUUCUUCUUGCUCUAAAGAGGAGGAAAAGGAGGACAGAUGCUGUUCCCACUGCCAUGCACCAGAAGACAUUCCAGAAGAUGCUCGAGGAAUGCCUCGAGAGGAGCCCAAGAAUUCCUGGGUACACUAGCAGCUGGACAGCUGGAGCUUGGAAGCUCAAAGGCUGGGAAGGCACCGCUGACCUACUGAUGAAGCUGAAGGCAGGACAGUUUACAACUGGGGAUGCUCCACAGGGCCUCCUGUAACCUAUCCUAUUUUGUUGCCUUUUUAAGACAACUGGGGCACCCUUUGUUCUCAUCCCCAGAAUAAGCAUCCAUCCUGUUGAGUGCUUGGUGCCUAUUUUCUCUUCUAUCCACCAGCAGCAAGCCAGGCAAUCUUCAAUAUAUUUUUAUCUUAUGACAAAGGAGACAGAGAUGCAGGCACUGGGGGGAGCACUGGUUGGUAUAAAGCUGUAACUGCCUGUGGGGUGGGGCACAUGUUGCAUACGUAGGUGUGCCAGGCAGAGGUAAAGCUCUUUGGGAGGGUGGGGUUGAAUCCUGAACCCUGUCUAUCCCAUUGAGAAGGGAACGCUUGCAUAGUUCUGUGAACUCAGCAUGUGGGGCUGUAAUAUAGUGUAAAAUUUAUAUUUCUUAAUUGCAUCUCUUUGGAGAUUUUUUUAAAAACUGCAAGGGAGGGCCAAUAUUUUGUUCUGAUCGGUUGUGUAAUUUAUGAUACCCGUGAGCAAGUUCCUCUUCCUUGCUCAUCUCUAAGCUGAAAGAUUGAUAUUGGAGAUUAUAUAUUUAUUAAAAGGGGGAAAAUCA